AUGGCACAAUCCACUCAAUGCUAUCUUCCUCGAUUCGCCUCGGCGGUCGAUGGGCCUAAACGCCCAAUCUCGAUGAAGACGAGACCAACGGCCGCCCAAAAUGCGCAGUUAUCAACCGCAUGGGAUGAGGGCCGUCUGGAUUCCAUUUUGCGAGCGACCUGGGCGCUCGUCCUGCAUUACUAUAUCCGCACGGAGGAUAUUUCAUUUGGUUACCAACAUCUCGAGGGCGAUUCGUGCCCGCAAUCUGUACAGCGCACCGACAGCGACAUUUCCACGAUCUGCAUUUCCAUCAACGACAACGACUCUCUCACGGCAAUUGUAGAUAAGAUUCGCGAAAAUGGCUCCAUGCGACGGUCUGAUUCCUCGAAGGCCUCCGAGGGGCAUCUUCCUUUCAAUACCAUUUUGAUGUUGCGCACAUAUGACCCUUCAGCUGCAACUUCUACGCCUCUCAUGGCAUCGGCGCUCCCGGAAGAGUGCCAAGUUCGUCUCCAUGUAAAGGUCCGACGUGGAGACAUCAGCAUUUUCCUCGAAUGGCGUCAGGGUGACAUGUCUGGAGAUCAGAUGAAGAGCGUCGCCAAUAUCUUUGAGCAGUUGCUUGCCAAGAUUCUUUCUGCUGAGAACACCGCUAUUAGCCAGCUUAAUUUGUUCUCGGAGAAUGACUGGGAACGCAUCGGCAAGUGGAACUCCACUACUCCGCAGCUCCAUGAUCGCUGCAUCCACGAAGUCAUCCAUGACCAGAUGCUUAGUGGGCCAGACCGUGAGGCCAUUUGCGCAUGGGAUGGUAGCUUGACGUUUGGAGAGCUGGAUCACCUAGCCUCGAAGCUUGCGUGUCACCUUCGCAUGCAGGGAGUCGGACCGGAAGUCCGCGUGGGCUUAUGUUUUGAUAAGUCGAAAUGGUACACCGUUGCGAUGCUUGGCGUUAUGAAAGCCGGGGGAGCUUUCUCUCCCCUCGACCCAUCCCACCCCACGGCACGACUGCAGAGCCUCGUGGGCUCGAUUCAAGCUUCGGUUGUGCUGUGCUCUGAGAAACAUGCAGAACAGCUUCGUCCAGUCGCGAAGACGUUAAUACCCCUUUGCGCCGAGACGGUGGAUGCUCUGUCCUACCCGGCGAAUGGUGUUGAUCUCGCAUCGGGUGUCACAAGUCAGAAUGCAGCUUAUGUUCUGUUUACUUCCGGAUCCACUGGCGAACCCAAGGGAACCUUGCUGGAACAUCGUGCGUUCCUGUCCAGCGCGAUGGCGCAUGGCCCCGCACUGCAUAUCAGCCGCGAAUCGCGAUGUCUCAACUUCGCUGCACACACAUUCGAUGCCAGUCUGGCUGAGAUUCUAACGCCUCUUAUCCAUGGCGCAUGUGUGUGCGUUCCUAGUGAGGAAGCUCGUCUCAACGACAUGGUGACCCCCAUCAAUGAGAUGCGAGUCACCCAGGCAAGCUUUACGCCGUCAUACAUCGGGUUUAUUGACAUCGAGAGCGUGCCAGGACUGGAAAGUCUGGUGCUGGCCGGAGAGGCAAUGUCGCAGUCCCAACUGGCCACUUGGUCUGGAAUUAAACUGGUCAAUGGAUAUGGCCCAACGGAGGCAAGUGUCGGAUCCGUGUUUAAUUCCUACGUCACACCAAACACCGAUUGUAAAGAUAUCGGUACUCCUACAGGUGUCCGGGCCUGGCUUGUGAACCCUGAAAAUCAUGACGAGCUGGUUCCUGUGGGGUGUCCGGGAGAACUACUUUUGGAGGGCCCGUCCCUGGCACGGUGCUACGUGAAUAAUCCCCAAAAGACCAACGAAUCGUUCAUCUACGACCCUGCCUGGACUCAAUACGACCCCAAUAAUACUACUCCCAACCGAAGAUUCUACAAGACUGGUGAUUUGGUCAGAUACAACGGGGAUACUGGUGCUUUGAAUUACAUUGGUCGGAAGGAUACCCAGGUCAAAGUGCACGGUCAACGCGUUGAACUUGGCGAGAUUGAGACUAAGCUGGGUACGGACGACCACGUCACUCACUGUUCCGUCUUCUUUCCCAAGUCCGGCUUUUCGAAAGGCCGUUUGGCCGCCGUUCUUUCUUCUGCUGGCUUGCUCGCAGAACAGUCCGACUCGGCCUCGGACCCCCUACGACUACUCUCCGCCUCGAAAAAGGCCGAGCUAGUCCCAGGUGUCCGCGAACGCUUGUCCAGCCGCCUUCCAACUUAUAUGGUCCCUGCAGUUUGGCUUUGCGUCGAAGCACUUCCACUCUUGCCUUCGGGGAAACUCGACCGCAAGGGCAUCGCCACUUGGGUCGCAGGUAUGGAGACUGAUCCGGAUGUUCUCAACAAUGCGUCUGCGCUGGUCAUCGACGCAGAAGCAACCCAGCCUGCAAACGACAGAGAGGAAGCCCUCGCUGCAGUAUACAGCCGGGUCCUCAAUAUUCCCCAGAACCAACUUAACCUUAAUGAGAGCUUCCUGGCCCUCGGAGGAGAUUCCAUCGCGGCCAUGACAUGCAUUGGCCUCUGCAAGAAGCGCGGGUUCGCUCUUUCAGUACAGGAGCUGCUGCGCAGCAAGUCGAUCCGUGAUCUCGCCACUCGCGCCAGGACAAUCGAGCAUCUGACCACUUACGAGGAAGCCGUUAAUGAGCCAUUCAACCUUUCGCCUAUUCAGGUGCUUCACUUUGGCGUUCGUAAAGAGGGCCAGGGUCACUUCAACCAGGGUAUUGUCACUCGUCUCAACAAGUCUAUCGGAGAAGGAGCGCUCCGCAAGGCAGUUGAGAGCUUGAUCUCCCGCCACUCGAUGCUCCGCGCCCGCUACACUGACACAGGGUCCGCGACUGCUUCGAGCCAAUUUGUUACUCGCGACGUCAAAGGUUCCUACCGAUGGUGCUCGCACAGUGUCGACACCAUGGAACAGGCAAAGACACAUAUCGCUAAGAGUCAAGCGUCUAUCAACUGCUUCUCUGGACCCAUGUUGGCCAUUGAUCAUUUCAAAUUUAAGGGUCAGCCCGACGUUCUCUCGAUGACCGCACACCAUCUCGUUGUUGACAUUGUCUCGUGGAGAAUCAUCCUGGAAGAUUUGGAGGACUUUAUCCUCAAUCCCGACAAGAGUGUCGCCAACGACGGAUCGCUGCCUUUCCAGACCUGGUGCCGCUUGCAAGAAGAGCACUGCAAGACCAUGCGUGCCGAGCAAAAGGUCGCGAAAGACACGAUCCCUGCUCCCGACUUUGCCUACUGGGGUCUCGAGAACAAUGCCACCACAUAUGGCGAUGUUGACUGCAGUUCCUUUGAGAUCGAUGCGGCUCACAGCAACGCGAUUUUAUUGGAAUGUCACAAAGCCCUUGGCACUGAGCCGAUUGACUUGUUCCUUGCAGCAAUGCUCCACUCGUUUGGCCGAUCCUUCCCCGAUCGCGCGCUGCCAACGAUUUUCAACGAAGGGCACGGACGUGAAGUGUGGGACUCCGCCAUCGACAUCUCGCACACAGUUGGCUGGUUCACCAUCGUUCACCCCAUCUUCGUUUCUGCAUACAAGUCUGACAGCCCAAUCGACACUCUCAUUCAGGUCAAGGAUCUCCGUCGCAGGGUGUCUGACAAUGGCCGCGCGGAUUUCACCAAUCGGGUUCUCCCCGCCGAGGGUCGCCAAGACCCCGAUCACCCUCAUCCCUUCGAGAUGUCCUUCAACUAUGUUGGACAGCACCGUGACUUGCAAAGAACAGAUGGAUUAUUCCAGCUUGUUGACGCGAUGGCCGGUGAGGCCGGCCAGGGAGGUGGUGCUGCUGACUUUGGACGCGACACUCCUCGAUUCGGACUGUUUGAGAUCUCGGCCAUGGUUGUUGGUGGUAAAAUCAGAUUCAACUUCUCAUUCAACAAGUUCAUGAACCACCAAAACCGUAUUCACCAGUGGGUUACCGAUUGCCAGCAGCUUCUUGUCUCUCUUUCCGAAAACCUUCUCACUCUUUCGCCGCGUGUCACUCUGAGCUCCUUCCCUAUGCUCUCUUUGACCUAUCCAACCCUGGAUAAAGUGCUUAACGAGAAGCUGCCAGCCCUGGGUAUCGAGUCUAUUGAUCUCGUUGAGGAUAUGUAUCCAUGCUCGCGAAUGCAGCAGGGUAUUCUUUUGGGUCGCAAGCGCGAUAGUUCCUACUACGCCGUUCAUGAUACUUUCGAGGUUCGCGCGACAGGUGCUUCCAAGCCCAACCUAGAUCGAUUGUUGAACGCCUGGCAGCAGGUUGUGGCUCACCAUGCUAUGUUCCGAACCAUCUUCGUUGAGAACCUCACUCCUCGUGACCCAUUCUGCCAGGUUGUGCUCAAACGUUGCGAUAUCACUCCGACCCUCCUACACUCAUCCAGCGAAAAUGACGUUCUAGCCACCUUCGACAAGCAAGAGCCCAAGAACUACGCCGAUAUUACCCCGGCGUACCGCUUCACCAUCUGCCAAACACCAAGUGGAAAGCUCUUUGCACGCAUCGAGAUGAGCCAUGCGGCAAUGGAUGGUAACUCAAUCUCCAUCAUCCUUCGCGACCUCCAGCUGGCAUAUGCGGGACGCCUCGAGGAGAACCCACGCCCCCUAUUCAAGGAUUACAUGGAGCACCUCCAAGACGCACCCAAGGACGCCAGCAUGAAUUACUGGUGCACUUAUUUGGGCGGCGCACAACCCAGUGUCUUCCCCAAGCUCACCGACGGUGACCAAGCCGGCAAAGCCCUCCGAUCGAUUCCUGUGCAAUUCACAGGUUUGAGCCAGCUGCAGGCUGUUUGUGAGCAGAGUGGCAUCACAUUGGCUAAUGUCUUCAAUGCCGCUUGGGGUUUGACGCUGCGCGCUUUCUGUGGUACCGAUGAUGUCUCAUUCAGCUACAUGGCCUCUCUUCGUGAUCUGCCAGUCGACAAUGUGCGUUGGGUCAUCGGUCCAGUUAUCAACUUGUUGGUCUGUCGGAUGAAGAUGUCCGGAGAUUGCAAGCUCAGCGACAUGUUACACCAAGUUCAAAAUGACUACUUGGAGAGCCUUCCCCAUCGCCACACCUCGCUCAUUGAUAUCCAACACGCCUUGAAGAUGUCCGACAGCAAAUUGUUUGAUUCCGGUGUUUCCUACCGUCGACUGCCCGGCUCAAAGGAUGCUGUUAGCAGCGACAUUGAGUGCGUUGAAGUUGGCUCAAUUCACGACCCUGCUGAGUUCCCGGUGUUUGUCAAUAUUGAGUCCGAGGAUACCAAAGCUCACAUCGAUUUGAACUACUGGACCACUACACUGUCCGAUGCUCAGGCUGCCAACGUUGCCAGCACCUAUGUGCGCUGCCUUGAGAGCAUCAUUUCCAACAUGGAUGGCGAGCUCCGCCAACUGGACACCCUGGGCGAUGAGAACCGAGCGCAGAUUAUGACCUGGAACAACAAGUCACCCCAGCCCUUUGAGAAAUGUGCUCAUCAGGUUGUCCAUGAGAUGGCGAAGAAGCGUCCUGAGUCUCUAGCCAUCACUGCCUGGGAUGGCAAUCUCACCUACGCCAAGCUGGACCAGUAUUCCUCUCGUCUUGCCAGCUAUUUGGUGACCUUCGGCGUUGGUUCUGGUACUCUCAUUCCAGUGUGUUUCGAGAAGUCGGUCUGGAACACCGUCUCGAUCCUCGCCAUCAUGAAAGCCGGUGGUGGCUGCAUUCCAGUAGACACAGCUGAAAGCAUGACAAUGGUAGAGAAGUGGAUCGUCGACAAUGUUGUUCAGGUUGCUCUGGCGUCCCCCGAGAAAGCUCAUCUGCUCGAGGAUACGGUUCCAUAUGUCAUUCCAGUCACCGAGUCCCUUCUCGAGUACUUGUCCGAUGAGACGCUGAAGACCGUCUCUCACCCGUCUGAUGUAGCAUAUGUCGCUAUGACUGCCGGUGUCUCUGGCCCGCCCAAGACUGUCGUUCUCGAUCACUCAGCUGUCAUGACCCGUGCCGAGGCCUUCGCGACCACCAUGGCUAUCGCGGACGUCUCUAGAACACUCCAAUUUGCUACCCACACCUCCGACUCGUUCCUUCUGGAGACUUUCGGUACCUUCAUGUGGGGAGGAUGUGUCUGCAUCCCUGCCGAUAUUGAUCCAACUCACUUGGCUGCCUCAAUCAAUGUCCUGCAUGCCAACGUCGCAAGUAUCACCCCGACGGCUGCUAGCUUCUUCUCGCCUAAGGACGUGCCUGGACUGAGGUCAAUCGCUCUUGGUGGUGAAGUUGUCACUCAGAGUGUUCUCGACCGAUGGCAGACCGAUGAUCUCCAGCUACAGGUCCUGUACGGGACGAGCGAAAUCUCCUCAGCUUGCUUCCAUGUCUUCUGCUCGGAAGGCCAGAACGAGACCGCGUUUGUUGGCAAAAGUCCAUCAUGCACUGGGUGGGUCGUUGAUCCCGCCAAUCACGAGAGGCUCGUUCCUAUCGGCAGCGUCGGAGAACUCGCGAUUGAGGGUCCCGUUCUCGCUCGUGGGUACCUGUACAACAAGGUCGCGGAAAGCAAUGAUUAUUUCCAAAAUCCUUCAUGGCUGUCUGGUGGUGGUGACUCUAAGGGCCGCUUUUUCAAGACUGGAGAUCUCGUUCGCUACAACUCCGAUGGAUCCUUGACUUUCGCCGGUCGCAAACACGCACAAGUUGAAUCUGGGAUUUCUGGCGACUUGUUCCAAACCCAAAACCGUCUCGAUUCCUCGGUUGGACCUCAGAGCAAAUCUGUUGUUCAAAAGAUCCAGCUAGGUAGCGAAGAAAACAAGACAAAGUCACUGGUCGCCUUUUUGGUGACCGCGGAUCCCAUCUCAGCUACCUUCGGGCAGUCCGUUGUUCAGCCUGCGGCCUCUGAGCUCAAGGCCUCCAUUGCAAACCUGCACAAUCAGUUGAGUAUCAGUCUUCCUGGUAACAAGGUUCCGAGUAUUUACAUUCCGAUCUCCUCCCUUCCCCUGACCGACUCCGGAAAGCUUAACCGUCAGCGAUUGACUACAGAAACACAGCAACUUUCCAGCAAUGCCAUCCAGUCUUACAACAUCAAGAGUUGGAACGGGUCCAAGGGUGCCAAUCGCGCCUCGCGACAUGCCAGUCUCUCUCAAGCUAGCAUAGCUUUCUGGAAGGAGUACCUUGACGAUGUCGAAGCUUGUAUAUUCCCUACUAUCUCGCACGAGACAGCCGCGAACACCCGUGAGACGCGGUCACUCAAAAAGCAGACUGACAAAAUCAAUGCUUUCGGGGAAUCAUCAGGUCUGUCGACGGAGGUCAUCUUCCAGUUUGUCUGGGCUGUUGUCCUCAGUUGGCACACCGGCUCUAAGGAUGUCUGCUUUGGAUACACUGCGUCAAGCUCGAACGAGAAAACUUUGGAUGCUCCAGGAAUCGCAGCCUGCAGAUUCCUAGUCCAGAACGAGAAGAAGCUACUGGAGACACUCCAGAAGGCGAAGGCGGACUCAGAGAACAGCGUCGCAAACGUGGCAGCUUUGGAAGCUGUCAAGCACCAGCUGGGACUGGAUGAUAUCACCCUCUUCAACACCUCCCUCACGUACCAAACAGCUCUCUCUACCUCUAAAGAAACUGCCCAUCAGCUGGGCACUUCCCCUGUCUACGAGAUCAUGGUUGAAGCUCAGGUUUCGGAUUCCUUCGCCGAGAUCCACUUCAACUACAGCUGCAAAGUCAUCUCUUCCACCCAGAUGAACCAUGUGAUUGACAUGUUUGAUCAAGUCUUGGGAGAUUUGACUUCCCAGAAUCUUCGCGAUCGUGCCAUCGGAGAUAUCGAUAUGCUCCCGGAGCGAUCUCUGCGUCAGCUCCGCGAUUGGAAUGCCGCACCUCCACCCAGAGUAGAGAAAUGUGCCGACGAGCUCAUUCAGCAACAGGCACUUCUCCACCCGAGGGCGGAGGCCAUCUGCUCAUGGGACAAGAACUUCACCUACGGCCAACUGGAGAUCGUCUCCAGCCGCCUGGCCCGCCACCUCUCUGGCCUCGGUGUCGGACCCGAAGUCUUCGUCGUUCUGUGUUUCGAGAAAUCGGCCUGGGCAGUCGUUGCCCAGCUUGCAGUUCUCAAAGCCGGUGGAGCCUUUGUUUCCAUCGAUCCAUCUAACCCCAAUUCUCGACUCAAGGUUCUCAUCGAUGAGAUCGGCGGUAAACUCGCUCUCUGCUCGUCUUCCGUCCACGCGAAUAUUUCUCAAUUGUGCAAAAACUCGUUCGCUGUCUGCCAGACCUCCAUUUCGCAGCUUUCGGACUCGCCUUUGGCCUUGUCGGGCGUCCGGCCGACUCCCUCGAGUCCCGCAUACUCCAUCUUCACAUCUGGUACCACUGGAAAGCCCAAGGCAACCGUGGUUGAGCAUAUGGCCCUGACCACUACCGCACUAGCACUGAGUGAUUCCAUGAACAUAAUGUCCACCACGCGGGCUUUGCAGUUCUCGAACUAUACCUUCGAUGUCAAUAUCUUGGACAUCAUGAUGACCUUGAUCAAUGGAGGUUGUGUGUGUAUUCCAAGCGAAGAUGAACGCAUGAACAAUCUAGGCGGUGCCAUCCGAAGAAUGGAUGCCAACUGGAUUGCAGUACCUCCUGCUGUCGUUAACACCCUCGACCCCAAGAGUGUUCCCUCACUGAAGACUGUCAUCACUGGAGGUGAGAAAAUGCCUUCCAACCACAUCGAUCGUUGGCAUGGUCGCUGCGUUAUCAAUUCCUACGGUCCCUCCGAGGGCACUGUUGUCGCCACCGUUGGUGUUAAGACUGACCGGGAGGGCAAAAUUAUCAACACUGAUCCCACGUGCAUUGGAACGGCUCCAAACUGCAGAACCUGGAUUGCUGACCCAAGCAAUCCCAACCGAUUGCUCCCCGUUGGUGCGGUUGGCGAGCUGAUCCUCGAGGGAAGCAACAUCGCUCGCGGAUACCUUGGUAACGAGGAGAAAACAAAAGCUGCUUUCUUCGACAACCCUACCUGGAGCCGUCAUCCUGCCCUGCAAAGCCUUUUCACGCGUCAAGACCGCAUGUAUCGCACCGGUGAUCUUGUUCGAUACAACAACGACGGAAGCAUUGCAUUCCUCGCUCGCAAGGACACACAGAUCAAGUUCAACGGUGUCCGGAUUGAACUCGAAGAAAUCGAACAUCAAUGUUUGUGCUGUCUUCCAGACGGAUCGCAAGUUGCGGUUGAUGUUGUGGUUCCCGAGGAACGUACUGUGGCGAAGGGUCUUGCUGCAUUCUUCACUGUACACGACCCUGAAUCUAACGGUGGAAGUAAUGAUAAUUUCGCCGCCGCAAUUCCAGGCGCCGACCGACUUCUGCUGCCAAUUUCUGUUUCCAACAUGGAUGCUAUUCAAAAGCUGAAGGCGUCGCUGCCUGAGUUGCUGCCACAAACCAUGAUGCCGCGAUUCUUCUUCCCCAUCCGGAACCUCCCAUUCACUCCGUCGGCAAAGAUUGACCGCAGAAGAUUGAAGACUAUGGUCCAAAGCUUGUCUAAGGAUACGCUCAAGUCGUUUAUCACCUUCGACAGCACCGAAAAGAAGGAUGCCGCUUCGGGUACCGCCCUUGAGGCCCAGAUUGUUGGACUUGUGGAAAGUACCCUGGGACUUGAAGCUGGUUCUGUUACAGCUGAUGACAGCUUCUUCGCUCUCGGUGGUGACUCUCUUGCCGCGAUGAAUUUGGUCGGAGCAGCCCAGGCGGAAGGCCUUGCGUUGACUGUCUCGAGCAUCUUCACAUCACCCCUAUUGAUCGACAUAGCCAAGAGCUGCGAGGGUUCCAGUGGAGUUGCUGAGGUCCAGAAGACCAACGUAAAGGCGUUCUCCUUGAUUCCCGCUAAAGUUGACUUGGAUAUCUUGCUCGAUGAGGUUACGGAUAACUGCGAGGUCUCCAAGGACCUUAUCACCGACAUCUAUCCCUGCAGCGCGGUGCAAGAGGGUCUUCUCACCCUUUCUAUUAAGCACAACGGUGCUUAUGUUGCCCAACCGUCGUUCCGCCUGGCUGAUGGAAUUGAUGUACCUCGCUUCAAACAAGCAUGGCAACAAACGGUUGCGGAUCUUGAGAUCCUCCGAACACGCAUUGUCCACACCGAGGCUAUGAACUUCGCCCAGGUGGUGCUUAGGGAUGUUGAUAUUCCCUGGGUACAGGCCCAGUCAUUUGAGGAGCUCCCCGUGGACUUCAUCCACCUGCCCAAGCACAACGGUGCAGCCUUGACCGGCUACGCUCUGAUUCAGCCAACCGACUCGUCCUCUGUGCACUUUGUUUGGUCAGUUCACCACGCACUGUACGAUGGAUGGAGUAUUCCUCUGGUCUUCCGAAAGGUCGAGGAGAACUAUUUCGCAACUGAAACCAAGCAAGCUGGAACGCCCUACAGCUUGUUCAUCGACUAUCUUGUCAAGAAGGACAUGGAUGAAUCAGACACUUUCUGGAAAACCUACCUCUCUGGACUCUCGACGACACCCUUCCCUGUGAACAAGAAUGCACUCCCAGACGCCAUGCGUGCCGGAAACACGCAACAUCAUUCAAUGAAGAUCUCCCGCACCCCCAACAGUGUUGAUUUGACACUACCUGUUCUCAUUCGUGCGGCUUGGGCUGUCGUCAUUGGCACUCACACCUCCUCUGGCGAUGUGUGCUUCGGCGAAACCCUCUCUGGAAGAAACAUCGAUCUUGCUGGAGUUGCCGAUAUUGCGGGCCCUGUCUUGACCACCAUUCCCACCCGAGUGCAAGUGUGUAAUGAUAUGUCGACUUUGGAAUACCUGCAGAGCAUUCACAAGUCGACUACCGAUAUGAUCCCCCAUUUGCACCAUGGUCUUCAGCGCAUUCGUCAGCUCAACAAGGACACCUCAUCUGGUUGUGAGUUCAAGAACUUGCUCGUGAUUCAGCCCGGUGAUGGGGACUUGAACAGCAAGAUCUGGGUCGACGAGAAGCGACAGGCUGCCAGUGAAGACUUCUUCACCCACCCCCUGGUCGUGGAGUGCGCCGUCACUAAGACCGAUAUCUCUUUCACAGUCCACCAUGACGAACUUGUCAUCAACGGAUGGCAAACAAAGCGCAUUACAGAGCAAUUCGCACACGUCCUCGGGCAAUUGAUUUCCAUGCCCAAGAACAGCGCCGCCAAGGUUGGAGAUCUGGAUCUUGUCAGCCCGCAGGACAAGGCCGAGAUUGCCACUUGGAACCAACGCACCCCCUUGGUAGUUGAGCGUUGUGUGCAAGACUUCAUCAAGGAGAAGUGCGAGGAGACACCAAAUGCGCAGGCAGUUUGUGCCUGGGACGGUAACUUGACCUACAGAGAGUUCUGGAACCUCGCAUCCGGGUUUGCCAACUACCUCGUUUCUCGCGGAGUUGGGCCAGAGGUGUUUGUUCCAGUCUGCUUGGACAAGUCCGUUUGGGCCAUGGUCACCCUCAUCAGUAUUCUCAUUGCGGGCGGUGGCUACGUGCCAUUGGACCCAUCCCACCCUACCUCUCGACACGAGGAGAUUCUUGCUGAUGUCGGCGCGAACAUGAUCCUUUGCACUCCCAACUACACAAACCGCUACAGCCGGGUUGUCAAGACAGUUGUUCCAAUCAGCAAGGAGACCAUCAAGGCCUAUGGCUCUUUGAAGGCGUCCCCCGAGGCCGGGCCUCACACGGGCAAGGCUAAGGGUAUCAUCGUUGAGCAUCGAAACGUGGUCAGCAGUAUCAUGGCAUUUGCCCCAUGGGUGCGUAUGGAUGAGACCUCUCGUGUGUUCCAAUUUGCCUCCCUCACGUUCGAUGCCGCCGUCAUGGAAACCCUCGCCAUCUUGAUGGUUGGUGGUACAAUUUGUGUGCCCAGUGAGGACGAUCGCCUCAACGAUGUUUCAGGUGCCAUUCGUCGCCUGAAUGUCACAUGGACUUUCCUCACACCUUCAAUUGCUAGCAUUAUCGAGCCAUCCUCUGUUCCUUCGCUCAAACACCUCGUCUGCGGUGGCGAGAAAAUGUCUAAUGAAGUCAUUACCAAAUGGGCCAAUUCUGUUCAUUUGAUGAACGGAUACGGACCAACUGAAACCUGUGUCUUCGCUGUUGUCGACGACGCUGUGGCCACCAGCCGUGACCCCGCUCGCAUUGGUUACGGCAUUCCUAGUACUCUCACUUGGAUCGUGGAUCCCGACAACCAUGAUCGUCUUACACCACUCGGCGCCGUUGGUGAACUUGCCCUGGAGGGCGCAGCCCUCGCCCGAGAGUACCUCAAGAACCCCGAGAAGAACGCGGAAGCCUUUGCAUACGACCCUGCUUGGAUCAAGGACUUCAAGCCUGCAGUUCCUGGUCCUCGCAGGAUUUACAAGACUGGUGAUCUUUGCUACUACAACCCUGAUGGCUCUGUUGAGUACAUCAGCCGAAAGGACAACCAAGUCAAAUUGCACGGACAGCGCAUGGAACUUGGUGAAAUCGAACAUCGUCUGAUGGAGAACCCGCUCACUCGCCACGCAGUCGUCAUUCUCCCCAAGAAUGGACCACUCAAGCAGCGCCUUGUCACCGUGAUGUCUCUGAACAGCGUUGCUGCCGACAACAGCCUCAUUUCUGACAAGCCAUGCGAGCUUGUAGAUGAAGGCGAACUUGAGCGUCACGCGUAUAAUGAGUUGGUUGAUGUCCAGAAGAACCUUGAGGACCAGCUGCCUAUUUAUAUGGUACCCCAAACAUGGGCCCUGAUCACCAAGUUGCCCAUGCUCGUCUCCGGCAAGCUCGACAGGAAGAAGAUCACUGCCUGGCUCGAGGACAUUGAUGACGAGUCUUACGACCGCAUCAUGGCCGAUUAUGAUCGCAUCAAACGUGGCAAGACCGAAGAAAGGCCGCAAGAAAAGGAGGAGGAGAAAGACGAUUCCCUCAAGAGUAUCCGUGAGAUUGUUGCGCAGGUGCUUAACAUUUCCCUCCAAAAGGUCAAUGUGGACCGGUCUUUCGUCAGCCUUGGUGGUGACAGCAUUACCGGAAUGGCUAUCAUCUCUCGGGCCCGAAAGCAAGGCCUUGUGGUGACUUUGCAUGACAUUUUGCAAAGCCGAUCAAUCAAGGAGCUCGCCCAAGCUGCCAAAGCCAAGGCGCCGGUUACCCACCGCGAAGAGAAGUCUGGAGAAGGCUUCGCCCUUUCUCCAGUCCAGAAGCUCUACUUCCAAAGUUCAACCUCUUACAAGGGUGAUGCUCGAUUCAACCAAAGCAUGACAGUCCGAAUCUCCCGCCGAUGCGAGGGAGAGGUUCUUCGGCGCGCCAUCAAGGCCGUCGUUGGCCAACACGGUAUGCUGCGGGCUCGGUUCAGUGAAACGAUUGGUGGCACCUGGGAACAGAAGACUGCUGCGGAGGUUGAUGCAUCAUUCCAAUUCCGUGUUCAUACUGUCAAGGAUGCUCGCGCAAUGGUACCAAAGAUUGGCGAGAGCCAGGGAUGCCUGGAUCCCAUCAACGGGCCAAUCAUGGCUGCCGACCUUUUCAAUCUGGGUACAGGUGGCCAAGUUCUUUUCUUGGUUGCGCACCAUGUGUGUAUUGAUAUGGUCUCUUGGCGCAUCGUUCUCCAGGACCUCGAAGAACUCGUGGUUUCUGGCUCGCUCUCACUGGACAAGGCUUUGUCUUUCCAGAGCUGGUGUGCACUGCAGACAGAACGCGCUAAGACACAUGAUGCAAACAUCGCCUUGCCUUUCACUCCUCUCAAACCUAAUCUGGAAUACUGGGGUAUGCGUGAUGCGACCAAUGUCUAUGGCGACAUCAAGAUGGAGUCAUUCACCCUGGCGGAGGAUAUCACUAACUUCAUCUUGGAUGGCUGUCACAAUGUUUUCCGAACGGACACUGUGGACAUUCUGCUUUCUGCUAUCAUCCAUUCUUUCGGUCGGACUUUCACCGACCGCAAGGUUCCCACCGUCUACAACGAGGGACAUGGCAGAGAAUCAUGGGAUGCGAACAUUGAUCUUUCGCGGACUGUCGGCUGGUUCACUACCAUGGCUCCUUUGCAAGUAGACUCGGCAGCUCAUGCUUUGAGUGACAUUAUCAAGCGUGUCAAGGAUACACGUCGCAAAAUCACCGACAAUGGAAGGCCCUUCUUCGCCAAGAGUCUGCUUCAGGAGCAGGGCUCUGAAUUCCCAGUCCCGAUGGAAGUUCUUUUCAAUUACCUAGGCAAGAUGCAGCAACUCGAGCGUACGGACUCUCUUUUCCAGCACCAUGCCACCACGCUUGAUACAGACGCCUCGGAAUUUGCUCUCACAGGUGACAUGGGUCCUCAAACCGCCCGAUUUGCCCUGUUCGAAGUUUCCGCUAUUGUGAUCAAGGACCGCCUCAAUGUUGCAUUCACUUACAACCGCAACAUGCAACAUGAGAUGUCAAUCCGCCGUUGGAUUCUCCAGUGCAAGCAGACCCUCGAGAAGGACCUGCUCAACCUGAGGACAGCCACCCCUGAGCCCACUCUCAGCGAUUAUCCCCUGCUCCCCAUCAACUACCACGGUCUUCAGAUGCUCACCAAUACCACUUUCCGUAAAGCGGGUAUUCGGAACAAGGAUCAAGUGGAGGAUGUCUACCCCUGCUCUCCUAUGCAAGAAGGCCUUCUGCUUAGCCAGCUGCGUGAUCCCAGUGCGUACAUGUUCCACACUGUCUUCGAAAUCAAGGACGCCAAAACUGGGAAGGUCGACGCCGAACGUCUGGCCCGUGCUUGGGAGACCCUUGUGGAUCGUCACCCUGUGCUGCGAACUAUUUUCGUCGACAGCAACUAUACCGGUGGCUCUUUUGAUCAGCUGGUUCUCAAGAGUCUCACAGACCAUGUCCUUCGUGUUGAGUGCCUCGAUUCUCAAGUCGAGGAAAAGCUGGCGGAAAUCUCCCUACGGGAUCUGAAUACCAUGCGCCAAGCAAAGCUUUCCCACCAAUUGACAGUUUGCAAGACUAACACUGGGAGAGUAAUUCUCAAGCUCGAGAUUAAUCAUGCCAUCAUUGAUGGUGGCUCUGUUGACGUGGUACUACGUGAUUUGACGCUCGCAUACGAGAGCAAGCUCUCUGAGGGCCCAGGCCCGCGUUUCAGCGACUACAUCAAGUUCAUCAGGACUCAAAGCCAAGGCGACGCCCUUGCCCACUGGAAAGGGUACUUGGGUGGAGUUCACCCAUGCCACCUCGCCCCCUCGGCUGGAUUUGACUCCAAUCGUGAGUUGAAGGGUAUCAUGAUGAACUUCCAACGCUUCCCAGAGCUCCUCAAAUUCUGUGAGCAAAGUUCGGUGACUCUCGCCAACUUGACUCUCUCUGCCUGGGGAAUCGUUCUCCGCCAAUUCACUGGAUCCGACGAUGUCUGUUUUGGAUAUCUGUCUGCCGGUCGGGAUGCUCCAGUCAAUGGAAUCCAAGACAUGGUUGGAAUCUUUAUUAACAUGCUAUGUUGCCGAGUCAAGUUCACGGCACAGCAGACUCUGACUGACGUUUCCAAGAGUGUUCAGGAUGAUUACAUCCGAUGCAUUCCCCACCAGAGCUGCUCUCUGGCAACCAUUCAACAUGAGCUCGGUUGGCAAGGACAGUCUCUGUUCAACACUACCUUGUCCAUUCAGAACCACUCUGUGGCUGGUGGCUCAAAGGAAAAGACUUUGUCUUUCGAUCUUCAGCACGCGCACGACCCCAGCGAGUACGCGGUCACUGUGAACGUCGAGAUCGCUCGUGGACAAGAAGGCAUCCUUUUGAGAUACUGGAAUGAUGUUGUUUCUGACGACCAGGCACAAGCAUUGGCCGACACCGUGGCUAGAGUCUUCACUGGGUUCAUCGAGUCUCCGACCGCGACUUUGUCGCAGUCCAAGUUCGAUGCCCCCAUCCCCACGGACUCAAUGCGUUGGGACUACUCCCAAACCACGCUUGCUGCCAAUACCAUGUCAACCAAGUCUGUUAAGUCUAGCGGAGAAGGGAUUGAUAGCACUACUAUCCAGAAGAUCAUUGAUGAUCGUGUUCAUGAGAUUAUUGGGAAAAUGUUGAGAGAAGGAAAACUAACAGUGCCAUCAGUUCAGAGUGAUGAGAUGUCUAGCUAUGGGCAGACGGGUACUACAGGAAACUCCCCCUACGAGCUAGGGAUCCAAGGAGCGGAUGACUCGGGUGUUUGUUCGGCGACGUCUCGAUCCAGCGAGGACGGCAUGACGGUGGAUGAAGAUGGCAUGACUGCCGAUGUGGAAAGAAAGUUGUGGACGCUUUGGAGCACAGCUCUUGGUCUCUCGCCCAACAUCGUGAGACAUCAAGAAAGCUUCUUCAAGCUCGGUGGUGACAGUAUCACCGCCAUGAAGAUGGUCAGUGCCGCUCGCGAAGAGGGCUUUGUUCUCACGGUUGCGGAUGUGUUCAACAAUCCCAUUUUUGCGGACAUGCUCAGCACUGUGCGAGCCGCCAAUGUCACGCAGCACAUGUUAGAUGUUGACCUUCAGACAUCCCACAGGGAUGUCGAGGCUGACUUCUCCAAUGGCGCCCCGGCAAACUUGUAUCCAAACCCAUCUUCCGAGAGCAUUGAGAUGCUCAAACCCUCUUGGGUUGACGAUGCUGCAGUUGCUCGUGGAAUCUGUCCAAAGAUUGGCGUCUUCAAGGGCGGCAUAGCUGAUGUCCUUCCUGUCACUGACUUCCAAGCAAUGUCUCUGACAGCAACUAUCUUCAAGUCUCGAUGGAUGCUUAACUACUUCUAUCUCGAGGGCAAUGGUCCCCUGGAUCUUAGACGCCUCCGUGAGAGUUGCUUGAAGGUCGUGGAUGCGUUUGACAUUUUGCGAACAGUUUUCGUCUGCUUCCAUGAUCAAUUCUUCCAGGUUGUGCUCAGAAAGAUUCGCCCUAGCAUCUUUGUCUACGAGACCGACCGCGCUCUUGAUGAGUUCACGAUGACACUUCAGCAGAGAGACCGCGAAUAUGGGCCUCGCGAGGGUGAACAGUACGUGCAGUUCUACGUUGUCAAGAAGAAGGGCAGCGACCAGCACCGGAUCUUGAUCCGUCUUUCCCACACUCAGUAUGACGGAGUUUGCCUCCCACGAAUCAUGUCUGCUCUCAAGAGCGGAUACGAGGGCACGCCGCUACCCCCAAUCACUCCCUUCGCCAGCUAUCUUCGUCAACUCCCAGGCAUCGUUGGCCCUGACCACUACCGUCACUGGUCUGAACUGCUCAAGGGCUCUCAGAUGACCCAAAUCGUUCGCAGGAGUGGCACCAGCAUGUUCCAGAAUGUUGGGGCAUUCACUGAGAUCCAUCGCAAGCUCGAAAUUUCCCCCAAUGCUCUCGGUAAUGUCACCAUCGCCACCGUCAUGCAAGCUGCUUGGGCCUUGACCCUCGCCAAAUUGGCCUCCCAGUCCGAUGUUGUCUUCGGCUUGACUAUCAGUGGUCGCAAUGCUACAGUGCCGGGCAUUGAUAACACUGUUGGGCCGUGCGUGAACGUCAUUCCAGUCCGCGUCAAGCUCAGUGAGAAUUGGACCGGAGUUGAUCUAUUCCGUUACCUUCAAGAUCAACAGGUGUCUAACAUGCCAUAUGAAACUCUUGGUUUCCGUGAAAUCAUCAAACAAUGUACUGAUUGGGCCGACUGGACAUACUUCACCACCUCCGUCUUCCACCAAAAUGUUGACUAUGAGGGCACAAUGGAGCUCGACACCAACAAGUACCGCAUGGGUGGCGUGGGAAUCAACGACAAUCUGGCUGACCUGACAAUGGUAUCCCGCCCCGACGGCGAGAAGGGUCUCUCUGUGACCCUAGGUUACUCAGAGAAGGGGCCCGUGAUGCCCUCAUUCGCACACAAAGUACUCGACAUGGCUUGCGAAAUCGCGCAGUCCCUCGUUGCCAACCCGACCAUGAAGUUGCCUUCCGCAAGCACGCUGCGCUCGUUGCCCCUUCAGACUGUCGACGACAUGCCUCGACCCACGGACGAGCACUUCCUCAGCGCCCACCUCAAAUCACGCUCCAUUGCGGAGCUUCUCGUACACUCCGAUAUCUUGUCUCGCUCAUGGCACCAAGUUCUACCCACCCGCAACACCGUCACGCCCAUCGAAGACAGCGACGAAAAGCCAUCUCAACAAUCUCCAUUCCAGUUGGAUUCAUCGUUCUUCGAUCUUGGAGGCGAUGUGUUCAAUAUGGCUCAAUUGACUUGGCUUCUCGAGCAGGAGGGUCUCAAGGUCCGUCUUGAGGAUCUGAUCGAACACCCUUCUUUCCUUGGUCAGAUGGCAGUCCUGGCAUUGCACAACGCAAAGCAUGUGGAGGAUGUCCCUGAUGAGACCCUCGCCACGGGUGCGGCCCCCGAACCCGUCGUGCGCGUGGAGAAGAAGGCCAAUACAUGGGACAAAGCGAGAAUGCUUGCCCGCAAGCUCACUCGGCGGAACAAUACCCUCGUUGCCAGCCGAACCUGA